AUGAGCCUUUCCGUACACGCCCCCCCCUACCCCUACCCCCGCCGUCUCCAUCAUCAGGUGGAGGCGUUCUGGGAAGACUCGUUCACGGGGAUAGCUUAUUGCCGUGCCCGGUGGCUCUUGCGCGCUUCGGAGAUCCCGCGAGAAGACGUGUCAGAGGACGAGGUCCUGCUGACCACUGUCACGGACAACAUCGAAGCGGCGCACAUCCUGAGGCUCGCCCCGGUGGCGGUGGCCUCCUCGCCUCACGGCGAAGCCAAGCGGGAGCUUGAAGCGAAGUCGGAGCCUUCCGCGGGCACUCGCAAGGGCCUGCGGCCCAAUCCUCGCAGCCCCACGCUGUGCAAGGUGUUGCGCGGCAAGCGCGCCAGGGAAGGGGAGGCCACCGCAACCUUACGUCUCGCCCGCGCGUACGACCCCUUUUCCACCGAGGUUUCGAUCCUGCCGACCGAUCACCCCGUGGUGGUGCAACUCCGUGCGCGGGAGCGAGCCGGGGGCAGCGGCAGACUGAAGGCGGGGGGUUGCCUGCGCGACGCGCACGGCUGUCCGCGCAAUAGUGACUGCGGCAGGGCUGGGGCCCAGCGCAAGGGCCUUGGCGGCGCGAGGCUGGUAGUUGCUGCUCCUCCGACACGGGCGUUUGGCGGACGGAGAAGCGGCGGUGUGGCCACCAGCAGCAGCGGCGGCGGUGGCGGCGGUUUCAGCAGCAGCACCAGCAGCGUUAGCGUGAGCGUGGGCGGCGACAGCGAGAGCAGCAACUGCAGCAGCGAAGGCGGGUUCACAAGCGAAGAUAGUCAAGACGACGUUCUCGACGCAGACGACGACGACAUCAUAUCCGCCGGCUGCCCGAGGACACGCCGAGGACGUCGCCGUCAAGUAACAGCGGCGGCGGCGGCGGCGGCGGCGGCGGCGGCGGGGGAAGCCUUGAUCAAGGCGGAGGAGCCGACUGCGGCGACGAAACCGGGCGCGCACGAGGCAGCGUCGGACACGCCGUCAUGGGACCGGACAGCAAAGCGACCGGCUCGCCCCCGGCGUCUAGCCAUGCCCCCUGCCGACUCCGCGACUGGCCUAGGCGACGGGGGCAGCGUCAGAGUCGAGGAGGCCAGGGGGACGAAGUGUCAGCAGCAGCUGCGCGGAGGACUCCUGAUCCGAGCGGCCCACCCGGGAGAGGAGUCGGCGGAUGGCCUGGACUCGCCGAAACUGGAGCAGUACCCACAGAAGGAGACGAACGUCGGGAUAGACCACCAGGCGGACAUCCCCAGCAUGCUGCUGACAGAGGCCGAGCGCGCGGCGGACAAGGCGGCGAUGGAGGAGACCUUGGAGAUGGGAGGGACGGCCGUGUGGAGCAGCGUGAGGGAUUGGACGGCGAGCGAGAGGGAGCGCCUGGACGGGUACCUCGAGGAGGCCAGGCGUGCCGCGGACGAGAAGAGGAUGUCGCCGGGCGUGCCGGCGCUGAUCAGCAUCAACAACGGGGGCGACAGGCGGCGGAAGCGCAAGAUAGCGUGGGCGGUCAUGGCCGGAGGGAAGCCCGAGGACAAGGAGAAGCUGCUCGUGACCUGCGCGGGGGGCGGUGUCUCGGAGGUGUCGCGGAGUGAGCUCCAGCCCACCCAGGUUGAGGAGCUGGCCAUGCAGGCCCUUAUGCGGGAGGAUGCAGGCAACAAGAAAGGAAAGGGCAGCCUCAUCGACAACGCGCGCACCGCCCUCGGUCUCCUCGACAAUACCAUGGUCGACGACUCGGGCCCCCUGGCCACCUGGACUGGACCGCAGAUUGAAGCCCUCUCGAAAGCUCUGGAGGCUAACUUUGAUCCAGACCGCUUUACUCGUUCGAGGGGGCACGAGCGACAUCGCGACGAGCACACCGACGUUACCUCUUUGAUCGCUUCUGUCGACGGAAAGACGCCGUCACAGGUUCUGUCGUUCUACUACCGGUACAUGGCCACCGGAGACGCGCUGACGGAAGUCAUGGGAAGCGCUGAGGCGCAGGCGAAGGUUCGUUCGGAGAGGAGGUCCGCGAGCCUCCGCGGCCCACCCGUCCCGCGCCCGAGCCCGCCCCCCAACCUCCGGCACCGUCCGUCGCUGCGGUGCCCCACCCGCCUCCAGGCGUCGUCGUUCGAAGACUCGGGCGACAGCGACGACGGCGACAUAGCCGUCGGCUCGUACCAGCUCCGGACGCGGCGUUCGAGCAGGAACGACAGGCGCGGAGCGGCGGCGGCGACAGGAAUCGCCGGCAAAAAGGGGAGCGCCGGCAAGGCCGUUGGCAGCAGCACCAACAGCACCAACAGCACCAGCACCAGCAGAGGCAGAGGUAGAGACCACCGGCGCACGUCCGCGCCGGAGGAGGAGGAGGACGGAACGGCCUCCUCUCGAGGCCAGGUUGGGAGCAGGCCGCCGGCGGGAUGGGCCCAGGGCGGCCGGAGGGGAACGGCAGCGGCAGCAGCGGCAGCAGCGGAGACGUUCGGCGGGGGCGAGGAAGGGAGGGGGUGCAAGAGGUCUUUCGACGACCACCGUGCUCCGCCGGACGACGUAAGGGGGGGGGCGAAGGAGCAGCGGGCGCCGCAGCGGCCGCGUUGGCAGCAGGAGGUCCCUCGGCAGUCGGUCCCUGCGGACGCUGUCAUAGUGGAGGUGUCAGAUGAUGAAGAGCCGGCAGCAGCAGCACUAAAAUUAGCAUUAGCAGCUGCAGCAGCCUCAACACCAACAGCAGCUGCAGCUGCAGUAUCAGCAGCAGACACCAACGUUAGAGUCUCAAACGGACGGGGUUUGAUCGAGGCUCGUGGUCCAGCAUUUGUCGGGGGAACGGCGGGAGACGUAAUGGCCGGCCAGCGUCGCCACGGGCAUACUGGCUACCCCCACGAAGGUGGUGCUCCUGCCUUCGCCAGACGUGUAGACGAGCGCCGCAAGGACAGCCGUGUCGUGGCCGACCAGCGACAGCACCACCACGGCCGCCGCUACAGCGACUACCCUUAUGACGGCUACACCGCCACGACCAGCACCACCGCCAGCAACAACAACAACACCAGCAACCUCCACCAUCGCCGCUAUUACCACCACGCCACCAAUAACAACAGCGGUUUCGAAGGCAACCAGCACCACCAACGCAACAGCGGGAACGGCUUGGGGUACGGUUACAGCAGCAGCAGCAGCAGCAGUAACAGCAGCAACAACCUCGGUGGGAGGGAGCCCCGCUUUCAACCAGCAGACCGAUACUCUCGGCACUUGGCCGCAGCUUCUUCGGGCGUGAGGGCUUUGGAGAUGGGUGCUCCCACUGCCCUUGGGAGAAACGUUAGCACGUCGAUGCGGGGUCCACCACAGCAGCCGGGACCAGUCUUGGACGGAAGUUGGAGAAGCGGCGGCGGGGGGGAUAGGGGGCUUGUGAGUGGGGCAGGCUUGGGGGGGAGGUCAGGAGGCUCGACCCCCGCGUUCCGGCGACGCACAGACGAGUUAACGCCGAUGGAGAAAUGCUGGAUGCUCGUGGACUUCGCGCGGAGGGAUGGCUUGCCGACGGACCGAGUGGAGUAUCUGAAGGGCCUGUUGAGGACCCACGAGAAGAAGAGCAUGACCUUUAGGAUGCUCACGGAGCGAACGGACAGCUGCCUCUACGACAGGGAAGAUAUCCAACAGGGCUUUGUCGAGAUCUUCGGAGAGAUGGAGCUGCCCGACCCUCGCAGCAGCGCCUACCGCAACGCUGCCGCCGUCGCCGUGCCCGGCGCCGACUACACGACGGGCGGGGGCUACGGCGUGAGCUCCCGCUCGAGCAGGUGCGUUGGUCGCGGCGGCGGCGGCGGCGGCAAUGGUAACGGUAACGGUAACGGUAACGGUAACGGUAACGCGUCGUCCUACUACCUCCAGCACUCGGGUUCCUCCAGGAAUGGGGGUGGCGGCGGCGGCGGCGGCGGCGGCGGCGGGGCUGCUGCUACUGGCUACUUGCACCACGCGGCGACGGCUGCGGCGUUACCUUCUGUUGGCGACGCAGACAUGAGGGUGGGGUCGCACAGGCUAGGGAGACGAUUGUUGCCGCCGCCGUCGGCGCUGGGUCUGAUGUCCGGCAUGCGGAGGCUUGGCGAGGGAACUUUCAUGGCGAGGUUGUCGAGCGGCGGCGUGGUGCCGACCGCGGCCGGAGCAGCAGCAGCGGCGGCGUCGAUGGCGCACCCGACGUCUGCUCCGGUCGCGGCAGGAGCUUCUCUUUGAGAACGAGCGGCGACGCGCGCCUUGCGCGGUGUUCGUCCAUAGCAUGGUGUCCACUCCUUGCCACCACGGAGUUGUGUCGCUGGUAGUCGAGAAGGCCUGGCCUAGCGUGGCAGCGAAUGAUGGAACAAUUUUGGAAAUUCCACGUGUACAAACGAGCUGGCUCCCUUUCCUCUCCUGCUGGUGCGAUUUUGGUGCCCGGUCAAACGAGCUUGGGGCCUAAAGGUGUCGCUAUUGGGGAGGGGGGUACUGACGCGUAGGGUUGAUCAACUGUGGGCCGGCAACGGCAGCGCGUGCCCAGGGAGGCCGGGAUGAGCUGUCUGAAUACAUAAGGAGGCGUUGCGUCACCAGUUUCUCGAAGCCACCCCCGGAGGGACCAAUGGAAAGCCAAUGCUUGGAUGGCAGAUCUGCCAGCAUCGAUCAGUGCGGAGCUGGAGCUGGGUUCUUGGCGCUUAUCCAACCCCUACGUGCCGUGGAAUUUCAGAGGGAUCGGCGGCUGUGAAUGCAAUCUUCAUUCAACAACGGGACGUGUUUCGGUGAAUUUGGGCGGGCUCUGAGUUCGGGGGAGUGAUGGUAACUCUCGGGUGGGCUCAAAGCUUUGAAGAUACAGGGGGCUGUUACAAAAAAUAAACGACCUUCGGAACUCCGGGCAGCAUUGCCGGGCGAUCGAUACGCACGGUGUGUUUGGAAAUUUCCGGUGAGCAGAUGUUGGCAGACCACGUGCUGAGCGCACCCCGCAAAAGCCGUGAGAAGCCGUGAGUCUCUCUGCUCUUCGUUGUUCAGAGUUACAUCCGUUUUUAGGCGGAACGAACAUAUCAUAGUGGUGUUGUUAGAAGGAGGGGUUUGCGAAACGGGGGUGGACAGUCCGCAUGGACGGCAGCCAUGCGGUUUUUUCGGCGUGCUCAAAAGACGAGAUGUGGAAGGGAGGUGCAGAGAGGAAUUCGGAUGGUCAACGUGUCGUAAAAAAAUUGAGGGGCGCAGUUGAUUGAUCAAAGGGGGAGAAUGUUUGUUUUGGUGAGACGGGACGUUGAGGCACACGUUGUAUUGUGGGGCCGGGACUUAAGGCCACCCGGCGUCCGAUUUGUAAGGAAUGCGUGCAUGGAAUGCCGAGGUAAGCUCGCACGGAAUAGGGUUGGCAUGUGGGUAAGCACCGUUUGCAAGGUACGCCUGCGUGCCACGUAACAAAACAGGAAGUUGCACUGCACCCGGUUCGGUUCAAUUGGAGUUCACUAGAAUGCACUACUGUUGUAGGGGCUUUCCACAUGACUAGGGCAGGAGCGCCGUCGUUGUAGGGGGCUAGCAUGGGUGCUGCUCCAUCCCUUUUUUUUCUGUACACAAGAGGGCGAGCUUCAAGGCGUGGUCUGCGAUCAAGUCCUAGGCGCGAUGGAGCUGGUUAUGUCAGGGUGGGGGGGCAAGCUGGGAGGAAAAAUAAUAAUGUCCCGCACGUAAACUUGGGGUGUGAUGAGUGUGUCUUGUUGCGCAGCAGACACGCGUCCUCGUAUCUUGACGAACUCAAUGUACAAUGGUGGCGGGAUGUCGACGACUAUGUAACGGAGAUGCAGCCACGUCUACCGACGGAGGUUCUCGGCGCAAGGCUGUGCCGUCGACGCUAAUAGUGCUGGGGCUCUUCAUGUAGUGACGAGGAGGAGGUGUAGGGAAAAAUGGAACGCGGCGUACCCCCGAACGCGAGCAGGGUUGUUACGCAUAUGAGUGCAGCGAGUCGUACGCAAAACGCUUUCGUGUAUGUUCGUUCGUGUGUGACGGAGGUGUUUCCUCGGUUGGUGUUGGGGAAUCGGCCCGGGCGUGAGAGUUUUCUUUUAUUGGUUGGAACUUCUUUGCGUGCCAAUUUUGAAACGCGAAUGGAUCCAGUAAAGGAGCGAGCGUCUGUCUGUGUGGUUAUCACGCUCUGAAGAUUUGGCGGCGUUCUUUUGUGUGUUGGUGUUUUUUUUUUUUCUUGUGAAGUUUGAGGUGUUGUCAUUGAGCGUUGUUGGUGCCGUGCCGUGCCGCUUUGUUGUGGUGCAGUCGGCAUACAUACCGGAAAACGUCACUUCAUUUUUUAAGCACAUAACAGACUAU